UCUUUAGGAGCACGCAGGUGCAUUUCCCAUCAUAAGCCGUAUGGCGCGCGACUUUCUGGCCAUUCCCGCAACAAGCGUGUCAGUGGAACGACUGUUUUCGGCGUCUCGACACUUGUGUACCGAUCUUCGCUCCUCUUUCCGGGCACAGACUGUCACAGAGGCUAUGUGCGUCAAGCAAUGGAUUCGCGCAGGCCUUCUGGAAGUUAUUCCGGCACGAUCCUCAAAGAAAAAGUGAUUGUACAUAUUAACUGUUUGUUUACUGUUUAUAAACUGUUUAUAAACGUUUAU